AUUUGUAGUGUCCAGGCUAGGACAGAGGAUGAAACCAUGAAACAGCUGGAGAAGUGUAUUUUGAGAAAGUAUGACAAGUCAUUGGCGCUUAAGCAAGGCCCCGCGGCUAUGGCACCACCAUGCAGGUCUCAAUCUUGGACCUGCAUGCUCUCCUCUGGGCAGGAUUGCUCUCCUUCCUGGACUCCUUUGCUUCUUAUAUCUGAGGGUCGGCCCAGUCUUGGUCUGCCAACUCCCACCCUCUUCUUUUCACAUGUAUUGCCUCUCUAGUCCAGGGAAGCCAGGCUUGAUGCUGGGCUGGAUCUAGUUCCAAUGGUCUUCCGGUUCAGUCCGGACCCCUCCAAACGCCAAGAUGUUCAGCAUCCUGAACCUUGGAGUGGUGACGCUUCCACGGACCUAGCCGAAAAGAAGAUAACCUAUUCGAAUCCGACCCUCUCUUUCGAUCGAGAGGGUCCACAGACUACAACAGCAGGAUGGAGACCCUACACAAUGCGGGCACCAGUCCUGGUUCCGUUCAUUCUUGUCUCGCUCUUUUUGGCCGCAAUCAUCGAGCUUUUGGCCCAGAAAAGUAAAAGGGAAGGUGGCCUCUCACUCUCCCCAGAUCCGGAUGAAUCACCAGCCGUGAUAUUCUACAGCCGAUACGCGCCGACAAUUGUUGCCGUCGUCUACAGCUUAUGGUGGACAUGGAUCGACCUCGAUAUCCGGAGAAUGCAGCCAUGGCUCGAUCUAUCCCGUCCGGCCGGCGCUCCGGCCGAAUCCACGCUGUUCCUUGAUUACCCCUUCGAGUUUCUGGCUUUCAUUCCUUAUAGAGCUGGCAAGAGAAAGCACUGGUUAGUAUUCCUUGCUGGAACGAUCAUGAUGGUCAUUUUUUGGGCCAUUACACCUCUUCAGAGCGCUGUUUUUGGAAUUCAGCCGGUUAUUUUGAAGGAACAUGAGCUCAUGGGAGAGAGUGCGCAACUGGCGAAUCUCAGCCAGCAACUGGACGCUAUGGACGCCUCAAUUCUCAACGACGCCUAUGCGACUACGUGGCUUGGGCAGCCACUUCCCAAGUUCACGACUUCCCAGCAUGUUUUUCUGCCACUGAGGCCAGUGAAAAAGAGAGAAUCAUCCCUACCUGAUGAGACCUGGACGACAACAGCUACGGCUCUGAGCACCGAACUUGAGUGUUGGCCAGCGAUCGUGGACAAGACAGAGCUCCAGAAUACCUUCGAGUUCGACAAUGGCCAAGGCUGCAAAGCUAAUAUCAGUCUAUUCUCCAGUUCUCGGGCUGAUAUGAACAGCAGCGUGGGCUACUCGGUUAUUUACGUCGGUUAUCAUAUGGAGGCACACCUUGACUGGUUUUUGCAGGGUCCUGACUGCAGUCAAGAAGCAUCGCACCAGUUUCUGGCUGUGUGGGGACGACGGCCCAAGGACUCGAAUGUUGAAGCUGUGACGGGUCUUUUCUGUGAACCUCAUUACUGGAAACAAAAUGUGUCAGUCACCAUUUCUGCCCGAGACCAGCGACCGAUCGAAAGCUCCGUUGUCCCCGUGGAUCGACUUGAACGUCUAGAGGAGACGGAAUUCAACGCAACUGCUUUCGAAUAUCUUCUUGGCACCGGGGUCUCGCCGAAGGAGUUCCGUCGUGAUUAUCCCAGAGACAGAGUGCCCGACCAAUACGCGGCCUUGUUCAAGACAAAUAUCAUUUGGCCAGUCACUAACAUGGUGGGCUUUGCAGUCGGGGACAUGAACUAUUCAUUGGCAGAUCUUCAGAGCUCUGCAGCUCUGCAUGAGGUCUUCUCCAACGCACACAAGAAGCUCUUCUCUACCGCCAUCCCGGCAAUGCUCAACGCGGCUGAACACCUGGCAUCAGAGAGGUCCGGCACAAUCCAAUAUACCCUUUAUGGCAUCGUGGUGAGCAGGCCCAUCGCUCUAACUUUGGAGAUUCUCCACAUUCUCGUCGGUGUACUCGUCGGUGUCGUCCUCGUCUCGAGCUCUCAGGCACGAAGCAAUCUCAUCAAGGACCCGACAGGUAUCGGUUCUUUGUUGGGAAUAUUCAGGGAGAGCGACUCACUUUUGAAGGAUUAUGCCUCCAAGGACCGUUAUGACGAAACCACCUUACGCAAAAGUGCCCACGAAUAUCGUUACGGUCUCGUACGUCACGACACACUCCGAGGGAGCAGCUUGCGGAUCGAGUUAUCGACGUCUGUGACAAGCGACGAUCCUAAUCGGGAUACCGUCAAAGACGAGGCUUGCCAUCCAACACGCCACACAGCAUUGCAACCUUUAAGCGGGGUGGUGUUUGUUGGGUCCCUUGUGGCUGGCAUGGUGGUGCUCCUCUAUCUGAAGAGAAAAGAGCAGCUUCUUGGCGGUCUUCCGCGACCAACCGAGAAUUUUGAGGUCCUGCAACUGCUCGAAAACUACGUCCCUACUGUGUUUGCUACUUUGGUAGAACCGUUCUUGGUUCUGCUGAACCGCCUCCGUUGCAUCUUGCAGCCAUUCCAUGACUUGCGCAAGGGGAACAAGUCGGCCGAAAAGACUCUGGAAACCCCGUACACAUCUCUCCCUCCACAGUUCACCCUCUGGAAUGCACUGAAAUCAGGCCACCUGAUGUUAGCCAGUCUAUGCGCUCUGUCUUUGCUAGCGAAUAUCUUUGCUGUGGCUCUCGGUGCCAUUUUUAACGAGCUACCGAUAGCGGCAGGUUAUCCCACGGCGCUUCGACAAACACAACUGCCGGUUUGGGGACGCUCAAUAUUCAUCGACACUCCUCACAUUCCUCAGGAUCACUUCUAUGUCACAAAGGCCAACCUCUCUUUGGGAACACGACUCCCGGCGUGGACGGAUCCGAAGUUCGGCUAUUUGCCGUUCGCUGAACUCGCUCAGAAGGACGACAAUAGCUCUUCGACCUAUCGAGCACAGACGAGGGGCUUUGGCGUCGAGUUCAACUGCUCACGUCUUUCCACAUCUCCUGAUUCAAACCCCUACGUUAACUAUACCCUCCAAGACGAUGGCCUCCAGGAUCUUGUCGUGCGAUACGCGACCGAGAAUGGGUCGAUUGCCCACUGCUCCACAUUCAAAGGGAUCAAGGGGACCCCGGCACUUAACAUCAGUCUCGGUGCCGCUCCUGGAUAUUUGGCCCUGGAGCUUGUCACUCCUCUAGUUCCUCUGCAGGUGCUUAACAAAGACAAGAGCCGAUCGGAGGUUACCGAGGACUGGGACAUGUGCAAGCGGAAACUGCUCCUGAGCUGGUGGAGGGUCGAUCCGACCGACAGGAAUGCCAGUUUGAGCGCCGUUCACCUCCAGUGUGUUCCCGUCUUUCAGACCGCGGUCUUUGACGUCGUCGUGGACUCGUCUGGCUACGUUUUGGAGUCCGCCAGAGUCGGGGAUUUCGACAACAUCAGCAGCCUUGACUGGGAUCAGACGCAAGAUCUUCUUGCCGACGGGGUCAAUAUCAUUGGACAAGGCGCAUCGAUCGCGAGCGACUCGACUUCCCUUAGCCGGGCCGACGCGUCAUGGCACAACGACACACUGACGAGGGACUGGGUGAACUAUCUGCUGAAAGUUGCCAUGAAUACUUCGAGACUGGUCGAUCCCGACGAGGCCGUUCCCGACCCGGCAUCGAUCAUCGUGGCAGUCCAGGACCUAUACCAGCGCUUCUUCAGCAACUUGCUGGGCCGAGACCCGACCCUGUUCAAGACCGCGACAGCACCGGUGGAGAUAACGGGGACGAGGACGGUCCUCGAGACGAGGAUCUUCAUGGAUCAGACGGCCUUCGUCAUCACCAUCAUCAUCCUCUGUCUGAACAUCAUCGUGGCGACGAUGCUGUACAUCCAGGAAAGGAAGCCGUUCCUCCCACGGCUGCCGGCAACCAUUGGCUCCAUCUUGGCCUACGUGGCGGCCAGCACAGCCGUGAGGGAAUAUGUCGAACCAGGAGAGAGAAGGAUAAAUGCUGGGCGUCGGAGGCCCGUCGUCUCGACCUACGGUUUUGGAAAAUAUGUCGGCGUCGACGGGAAGAAUCAUGUGGGUAUAGAGGCGCAUCCUUUUGUCGUGCCCUUAGACUGGGAGACCAAGCUAUCAAGCAAGGAGCCGUUCAGCUUGAGGAAAUGGUUCAGACGUUUCGGCCACCCCAGGAGACAUUUUGCGCUUGGGAAACGGUGAACUCGCGGGUUGCUUAUGAAUUAACUGGGUAUCGAUUUAUUUCAAUAUUUAUCAUUCGUGUAUUCGCCUAGGCUGUGUAUAAGCAGUGACAAUGUGCUCAACGUGAACCUCUGCUGUGUGUCUUGACCUCGGCCAUCCGGAACAAGCCAAAUGGGACAAAUAACCUUUCGGAUUCAGUGUCAGACUUUCCAGCAACCCUCGUCUGCCUGUAUACAGCGUGCUAGAACUUGCC